CUAUUGCUCACACAAAAUAAGGCAUCUCAUUACAGUGCCAUGAGCUGGAUUCCUCCGGUGCUUUUUUCAUGCAGGACAAGGAGAAAGUUUCAUGGCUUAAACUCUUAAGAUUUCAGUAGAGCUGCCACAAAGAAGAAGAAAUCCCUGCUUUUCUUGGGGGUGGCGGGGGGAGGCUGGCCAAUCUGAGGAAAGGCUGAAGAAGAUUUGAAGAAGUUGGCACACCAACAUCACCUACCUACCACCCUACCACAAUGGGGCAGCAGAGCAGGACUUGGGAGGAGUAGGUGUUCGUGAGCUGGGCCUCCAACUUCUAUCGCCAUGGACUGGAAGACAUUACAGGGCCUGUUGAGUGGAGUGAACAAAUACUCCACUGCAUUUGGUCGUAUCUGGCUCUCUGUGGUCUUUGUUUUUCGUGUCCUUGUUUAUGUGGUAGCUGCUGAGCGAGUGUGGGGUGAUGAGCAGAAGGAUUUUGACUGCAAUCACCGGCAACCUGGUUGCACCAAUGUUUGCUAUGAUCAUUAUUUCCCCAUCUCCCAUAUCCGUCUCUGGGCCCUGCAGCUGAUUUUUGUCACCUGUCCAUCUCUUCUCGUCAUCAUGCAUGUGGCCUACCGUGAGGACAGAGAAAGGAAGAACCGGGAAAAAAAUGGGGAAAAUUGUCCCAAACUUUAUAGCAACACUGGAAGGAAACAUGGUGGCCUUUGGUGGACUUACCUCCUGACACUCUUCUUCAAGCUGGGUAUUGAGAUCGUCUUCCUCUAUCUGCUCCACAGAAUUUGGGACAGUUUUGACUUGCCGCGCCUGGUCAAGUGUGAUCUGCAUCCUUGCCCCAAUACAAUUGAUUGCUAUAUUGCUCGGCCUACUGAGAAGAAGAUUUUCACAUACUUCAUGGUAGGGGCAUCAGCUCUUUGCAUUGUCCUCACCGUGUGUGAGAUCUUCUACCUCAUCUUCAAGAGAGUGGUCCGCUCAAUGCAGAAAUGGAAGAAGAACAAGAAGUCCUUGACCUACAGCAAGGCCUCCACAUGUCAAUGCCAUUUGAGGAUGGAACACGCACAUGAUGGGAAAUUAAAGAAUUCCCCCUUAGAAGGCCUCAGAGCUUCUGCACCUAAUCUGACUUUAAUCUGAGAGGGAGAAGAAGCAAAUCCAAAAUGGCCCCAAGCCAGGACACAUGAAUGGUUUUUUCAAAGAUGAACUGGGGAGGGAGGGAAGACUUGAAGUGGAAGCCUUCCAUUGAAUCACUAACCAAAUUUUCCACAAAGGAAGGACCACAAUGAUUGAAGGGGAGCUGACAGAACACUGCCAUGUUUAUUCAGGUCUAAAGUCAAGGCCAUAUUAUAACUAGGCUAAGCGUGCACACUUCAUAUGCUCUGGCAAUCUAUGUUGGUUUGUUCUCCAAACCCUUCUAGAAAAGUUGUAACUUUCUACAUUCUCAGGUUUAUGCUUUCUACUUUUCUAAAAUGUCUCAGAAGACAGGCAAACAUCUGUGCGCAAUAUGUUGUGGUCUUUAAAACCCAAGACAGCCAAAAUCUAUGACCCUUGAUUUCUUCAACUGAUUUAUUUAGUUGUUCGUAGAGUUGUUUAUAGAGUAUUAGUCACUGAAUUGCCUGAGAAGGAGGGGAGUAAAUUAAUUAGGGAAAUUCAGUAAACAUGGAUAACUUAACCUAGAUGUCCUCCCUUCUCUUGCAAGCCACAGUUCUCUGAAAUAACAAAUGCCAAUGCAAUCUACAAAGCAGUCGAAACAAAGCACACUGAAAGGUUGUUUUAGCUGAAUUUUCUCUCCUGAAUUUCACCUGGAGGAAAUCCACUACGAAUUUGGAGUUCAUAUUUGAGGAACUCCCAGGGAAGCAAAGUCUUGCUAGGCAAAAUUGUGCAAGACAGAGGAGCGAGUCUGCUUACACCAUUCCUAACCCAUUUAUAGCUGAGCUUGAGUCUUGAUGACAGUACCCACUUUUCAAUAGAAAGUACUUUAACAAAGCAUUGCUUAUAUAUUAUUUACUGGGCAAAAACAAAGAUGUUGAGUUGAGUUAAAAAGGAAUGAGACAGAAUUUUCUUCUCAAAAGCCUUCUAGACAGGUCACGGCCUUCUACUCCCUGGAAAAGACAGAGGUAUCCUAAUAUGGAAAGCUAAAUUUGGUAUAGAUAGAAGGGAUGAUGAGGGCAUAAAAAGAGGGAAGGACAUCCAUUGUUUUUCUUCUUCCUGAAUUUUCUCCUACUUUUUAUUCAUUAUUUUGAUGAAACUUUCCCCAACUCUCCACUCUUGGUCUCUCAUCCUGUCUGAAACAAAGAAAUUCCCACUGAAAUCAAGGAUAAUGUAACAUUUGAAAUUAUUCUGGAAGGAUUAGCCCAGAGAAAAUGGAACAUGUCUUAAGAAGAGAAAUGGAGGGAAACAUUAUUCAAAAGCAAUGUUUACAGCUCAAUUUAGCCAAAAGGAACAAAUCAAGCAAAAGAAGAGAUUUUGCUGUUAGCAAAAAUAUUUAAGCUAUUUUGAGACAACUAUGGAUCUUAUGACUAUAAAAUCUUAUGACUACAGGAUUGUUUGUAAAUAGUUUUUGAGUCUCCUUAACUGAGUUCCAUGUAGACUGUCUUCCAUGCAGAACAAGAAUUAAAAUCGCAUUUAAAGUA